AUGGCUUUGAAAAGUAUUAACAUAAGUGGAAACUUUGAGUGGUGCCCAUUUGAAGAAUAUAAGAAUUAUUUGUUAUGUUUCAACUCACACAAUUUGUUAUAUUGUAAUAAUAAUAGUUUGAAUAAUUAUAUAUAUUUAUUAGAUAUAAAUUUGAAUAGUGAGAUAAGGAAUUUGGAGAUAGUAAAUAAGUAUAAUUUCGAAGAUGCAUUAAAAUAUGAUAAUGAUGUAAUAAAAGGAGGAAAUAAGAAAAAUAAUAAAAAUAAUAAAAAUAAUAAUAAUAAUAAUAACAAUAGUGUGAAUGAAUAUGUAACAUGUUUUGAAUGGAUGAAUAGUAAUAAUUUUCUAGAUAUAAAUAAUGAUGAAGAAUUAAGUAAAGGUAUUAUUGUUGGUGGUUUGACAAAUGGUGAUAUUGUUUUAUUAAAUGCAAAGAAUUUAUUUGAAACCAAUAGAAAUUAUGAUAAUUUUAUUUUAAGUAAAACAAAUAUUCAUGAUAAUGGUAUAAAUUGUUUAGAAUAUAAUAGACAUAAAAAUAAUUUAAUUGCCACUGGUGGUAAUGAUGGUCAAUUAUUUAUAACAGAUAUAGAAAAUUUAUAUUCCCCAACAUCUUAUGAUCCUUAUCUAGAUAAAAAUAAUUUACAAAAAAUUACUUGUUUGAAUUGGAACAAAAAAGUUUCUCAUAUUUUAGCUACAUCAUCUAAUAAUGGAAAUACAGUUAUCUGGGAUUUAAAAAUAAAAAAAUCAGCUGUUAGUUUUAGAGAUCCUCAUAGCAGAACAAAAACAUCUUCUUUAUCAUGGUUAUCGAAUCAACCUACACAAGUUCUAAUUUCAUAUGAUGAUGAUAAAAAUCCUUGUUUACAAUUGUGGGAUCUAAGAAAUUCAAAUUAUCCAAUUAAAGAAAUAAUUGGACAUUCUAAAGGUAUAAAUAAUAUAUGCUUUAGUCCUAUAGAUACGAAUUUAUUAUUAUCUUCCGGAAAAGAUGUUACCAAAUGUUGGUACCUAAAUAAUAAUAAUUUUGAUAUAUUUAAUGAAAUCAAUAACUCAGCAAAUAAUAUUUACUCCAAGUGGUCUCCAUAUAUACCUGAUUUAUUUGCAUCUUCGACAAAUAUGGAUACCAUACAAAUUAAUUCUAUAAAUAAUGGGAAUAAAAUGACGAGUAAAUAUAUACCCACCUUUUAUAAGAAAGAAGCAGGUAUAUGUAUAGGUUUCGGAGGAAAAAUAUGUACCUUUGAUAAUAACACGAAUAAUGUGAAUAUGAACAGUGUGAAUAAUGUGAAUAAUGUGAACAAUGUGAAUAAUGUGAAUAGUGUGAAUAGUGUGAACAGUGUGAAUAGUGUGAAUAGUGUGAACAGUGUGAAUAACAUGAACAACGUUAACAGCUUUAAUAAUGAUACAUCGUGUGAUGGAGAAUACGAUUCAAACAAAGGAAAAAAUAAAAGUACCCAAAAAAAAUUCGUAAUAAAAUAUCAUAUAUAUCCAACAGAUAUGGAGCUUAUAUCAGAAGCAGAUAAUUUUGAAAAGUACAUUACAAGUGGAAAUUAUAAAGAAUUUUGUGAAUCUAAAAUUAACAAAUGUGAUGAUGAUCAUGAGAAACUUACAUGGCAAAUAUUACAAUUAUUAUGUACAUCUCAAAGAGGUGAUAUAGUAAAAUAUCUAGGUCAUGAUAUUAAUAAUAUUGUAGAUAAAAUUAUGCAAACUAUUGGUAAACAACCUGGAUUUAUUUUUAAAACUUUAAUCGACGAAAAAGAAAAUAAUAAUAAUAAUAAUAAUAAUAAUAAUAACAAUUCGAUAAAUCAAGUGCACCAGAAUAAUGUAUUAUUACAUAACGAUCCAAGUCUUAUGAAUAAUUAUUUAUUAAAAGAUAAUAUGAAUCCAAAUAUAAUGUUGAACAACAACAAUAAUAAUGUUAAUAAUAGAACAGGCACAAAUGUAAUGUAUAGUAAUGGACAGGGUCUCUUGGGAGACACAAACCAUAAUGAAGAAAAUUUUAAUGGGAAUUUUGAUAUAGAUCCUGAGAAAUUUUUUAGAGAAUUAGGUGAGAAGACAGAAAAUGAAAAGAUAAAACAAAAUGAGGAAGACAUAUUAGGAAAUGAUGAACACUUGUUAAAUUCGUCUAUUAAAGGAAAAGAAAAUAAAACAAAGAAUAAAAAAAGUGGCCUAGGAACAGAUGAUAAUAAUGAUAAUAGUGAUCAUAAUAAAAAUGAAUGUAAUAAUAUUAAUGGAGAGAAUGUUUGUGAACAUAUAUUAAAUGAAAAAAAGAAUACAAAUAAUUGGAAUUUAGGUAUUGAAGCAAUUAUAAAAGAAUGUGUAUUAAUAGGUAAUAUUGAAACAGCUGUUGAAUUAUGUUUACAUAAAAAUAGAAUGGCUGAUGCUUUAUUAUUAUCAUCUUUUGGUGGUGAACAAUUGUGGCAUAAAACCAAAACAAUAUAUAUAAAAAAGCAAAAUGAUAAUUUUUUAAAAAAUAUUAAUUAUGUAUUGGAUGAUAAGCUAGAAAAUUUAAUAAAUAAUGUUGAUUUAAAUUCAUGGGAAGAAGCUUUAUCUAUAUUAUGUACAUAUGCAAUAAAUAACCCAAAUUUUAAUUCUUUAUGUGAAAUGCUAGCAAAAAGAUUACAAAAUGAAAAAUUUGAUAUUCGUGCAGCAUCUAUAUGUUAUUUAUGUGCAUGUAACUUUUCACAAACUGUGGAAAUUUGGAAUAAUAUGCCAUCGAAAAAAACAUCCUUAUUAAAUGUAUUACAAGAUAUUGUUGAGAAAAUGACUAUAUUGAAAAUGAUUAUAAAAUACGAAAAUUUUAAUGCUAUUAUGAAUCAAAAAAUUAGUCAAUAUGCUGAAUUAUUAGCUAAUUCUGGUAGGUUAAAAGCAGCCAUGACUUUUUUAUGUUUAAUACAACAUGAUCAAAGUAUAGAAAGUUUAAUAUUAAGAGAUCGUAUUUAUAAUAGUGCAAAUCAUGUUUUGUGUCAACAAAUUAAACCACCCAUAUCACCAUUCCAAAUAGUUGAUAUAAAACCAUCACCAAAUGUGUAUCAAAAUAAUAUGUAUAAUAAUAAUAAUAAUAUUAAUGUUAAUAGUAGUAGUAAUAAUAAUAAUAAUAACAAGGUUUUAUCGUCCAUGCAUCAUCCAAUGCAACAAUUCAGUCAUUGUAAUGUAAACAAAAUGUAUACAUCAACAAGUAAUAUUACUAAUAAUAAUACGAUGAAUUCAAAUUUUAAAAGUGUCAUACCUCCACCGUUACCUAUGAAUACACAAAUGAAUAAUUCCACAUCUUCCAUACAACCACCACCUUCAGUACCACCAACCAAAUUUCAUACACAAAUUAUUAACAAUACAAUGAAUAGUAGAUCAUCCAUCGCAACUACUACAAAGAAUUAUCCAACAUCUAAUCUUAAUUCAGUAAUACCAACAUCAAUGAAUAAUAUGAAUACAAACUUAUCACAUGGAAACAAUGUAACUCCUCCAUAUAUGUCCCAAACAAAUGUAGCCGUACCAAACAUGAAUAAUAAUAAUAAUAAUAAUAAUACCAUGAAUCCGACAUAUCCAUCUUUACCAAAAUUUCCUAAUUAUAAUUUAAAUUCACAAGUACAACAAAACUCAACAAUUCCAGAAAAACAACUAACUUCGCCAAUGUUUUCUUCGAAUUCAUAUGGAAAUAUAAAUAAGACACAAACUACUAAUAAUGCUGUGCCACCUCCACCAAAUGUUACCUCUUCUGUGGUUACACCCCCAAUGCCAUCCAACCAAUUAAAUAAUUCUAGAUCCAGUUUUGCAGAUAUUCAACAUGUUGUACCUCCACCAAGAAAUAAAAAUCAAUCCAUGUCUUCAACAGCAAAUUUAAAUUAUCAACAUGAUAAUCAAUUUAACAAAAGAGAAUGUAUGGAACAACCAGUGUAUCCUAUGACUAACCAGUCAUCUAUGUUUUCAAUGAACAAUACUAUGCAGAAAAAAAACGUUCCUGGUGGAUUCCAGGACAAUACUAGCCAAAUGAAUUAUGGCAUGCAACCAACUGGUUCCCCCCCUCCAUCAAGUCUCAGUACAACAUCCCCUAUAGCAGGCGCUUUGACGGUGACACCAGGAAUGCCCGUUCCUUGGCCAAUUCCAACGACAACGCAACAGCUGGGAUCAACCACCCAAUCUACAGCCAACGAAAAUAAAAAAAUACAGACAGCCACCAAAGAACAAAACGGAGUGCUAAUGAAUAGAAACCAUAUUGAAAAUAUCAAGAAAACCAUAAGCAAUUUAUUAAAUAUUUAUACGAGUCAAGAAUCUGUAAAGAAAAAAGCUGAUGAUGUGUCUUCAAAGGUUUACGAGUUAUUUGAAAAAUUAGAUUGUGGUGCCUUCAAUGAACAAAUAAAUGAUAGUCUAUUAAAUUUGGUUAAUUGUAUAAAUGCUAAUGAUUUUAAAACAACUAAUAAAAUAAUAGUAGAUCUAAGUAGAAACUUGUGGGACGGCAGCAAUAAAGCAUGGAUUAUGGGAGUAAAACAUAUAAUACCCAAAUGUUAA